AUGACGCAGCCUCAGCCGUUAUCAGCCAAUAUGGUGAGAGGGGCGGCGACAGUGCUUAUGCUAGCGCUGGCAUGGGCAUGCAGCACACAAGCCAGCGUGCUAGUCCCAACCUACGUAUUACCGCCCGAUUCGUUCGUGCGCGAUCAACGCAGCCUGGGAACACCAGUCGACUCAGACCCAGCAGAGUCCCAAAGAACAGUCAAACGACUAGUCGGGGGACAUAUGAAAUUAAAGCACGAUAAGAUAUACAGUGCUUCAAAAAACUACAUCGGCUACAAUGGGAAGACUGAAACUGGAAAAUUUGCUGGUGUAUUCGCACCCGAUCAGUCGGGCAGUACUGUAGGAUGGAACCAGGGUAUCUGGGAUGAUGGCAUGCUCAUGUCCAGCGCCGGCGAAGGAAAGGAGACAGAGAAAGUCAAAGAAAAUGAUGAAGAAAAGAAGACUUUAUCAGACCAGGUGGCCGAGGGAAAAUACGGCUUGAUACAAAACGAGAUAUUUGCUAAAGCGCCGAAACGGCUAGGAAUCGUUAGCUAUGAGCCCAACACUGAAACUAGAUCCAAGGACAAUCUCCAAAGUCUCGGAGGGCUCAAGAAAGAUGAGAUAUGGCUCGCAGAAGAUCACCUUUUAGUCCUCAAAGGCGGGUCAUUCCCAGAGAGCAAGAAGGAAACUGAACGCAUACCUUGGCCACCGAUUGAUAACUACGUAGCCCCGAGAAGGCAAGUAAAGCUACCACAGAAACCUAAAGUACCUCCGCCCUUUCCGGUACGUCUCUACGACAACGGACCGCUCGUCUUCCUCACUCCAAACGGUAGCGUCCCCGCGUCCCUUUUCCCUCCCUUCUCUACGGGAGAGGGCGAUGGCUCUCUACCACCAUCGCCAUUCCUUUUCCCAGCGGGAGCGCCCUACCCCACAAGUGAUGAUCAGGGAAACACUACUGCCGGGGAAGCGCCGCUGCCAAAUCCUCUGUACCCAUUCCUACCCGGGAAUACGAGCGAAGGGCCAUUUCCCUUGCCUCCAACCAUAAACGGCUCUUUUCCAGAAGGCUUUCCACCGGGCGCAGCGUUUCUACCACCACCGAGCAACCAAACGGAUCUGUACGACGAAGACGACCCAUCGAUAUACUAUCCGCCGCCUUACAAUUUUUCUUUCCAAUCUGAGUACAACAACAGUGUACCAGCGGGCCCACUUGUACCAGGAAUAAUCUUGCCGCCACCACCGGAUUUCUUCGCUCCAGAAGAAACUACCACCACAGAACCAGUACAAACUACAAUAACAGAUAAAACGGUGACUUAUUCAAGACCAAAAUCUACUAGAAAACCAUCGGCAACGCCGUCUGUUGUGUAUCGACGCAAAUACAAAACAAGACCCACGACAACGGAGUCGACGAAGACGACUGAGAUUCCGACCACGAUAGCCACUCCACCACCUACUGAAAUUGUGACCAAGUCCAAAGAGAGAAAGCCACAGCGUAUUACACAGCAACCGCCUAGAAAUCCGAUUAGAGUACACAAUUUACCGGAUGAAGUAACAUAUAAACACACGACGAUAAAGCCCGUCUACAAGUCAAGAACAAAGCUCACUUCAAAGCCCAUCUCCGUGAUUUAUGAUUACACAGAACCAAUUUACAAUUCAAAGAUGCCAAUAACAUCGGAAAGUCCAUACGUAAUUUAUAGAGUACCAGAGAAAAAUCCAAAUGCAAUCCAUGAUGAAAUCAUUACGUCUACUCAAGUGCCCCUUAGAGCGUACUACUCUAACACACAGAAUGAUGGCAUACCAGCAACAAAACUACAACCCGUGUACAGACCGAAGCUCAGCCAAAAUGCUGUAGCUUCUUUCUACUUUUAUGACGAACAAACAAAGACAUCGCCAGCUCCUGAAACCUAUUUUGACGGUAGACACAAUUACAAGACUGUACCAACUAACUUAUCUCCACAACCGCUGCAAUCGAACUCGAACUCUCAGAAGGGCUACAAUCCUGCAGUAGAAGUUACGUAUGGAGCUAUUGACGAUUCUGAUGGGCUAUUUUUAUGGCCACAAAAGCAAGGUCCCAGAACGCUGACACAAGAGUACUUCAGCAUACAGAGGCCUCGUCCACAACCAGUUUACGUACAGCAACCCAAACAGAAUCCACAUGCUUUCUACCAACAAAUAGCGGACAUUCAACAAACGAUAGACUUGUAUACUACAAAGAGGCCAAAGGUUCAAUCUUUACGAAAUACUAACAAACAAAAAUCUGUCACAUCACGACCUGUGUAUCAAUUCAGCUACCAGUCUAAUCCCAGACCUGAACAACUGACCUUCAGAGCACCUAAACUCGAUCCGGAACCAUUUAGACCGAUGGUUAGCUACAGCAAGCCCUUUAACGCCGAAAACGAGUUCAAUGCUAUUACUCCGUCAGUCUCACCAGGAUAUCAUCAGCAGUAUUUGUUAGAAAAUGUGCAAGUAACCACGGAAACUCCAACAUCUACCAGAUAUUAUCCAAAAACAAAAACCAGAAAUGAAGACUACGACGAUGUUCUGUCGAGUAAAGAUCCAAAUCAGAAUAGAAACCACAUUCCUAUACAGACCGGUAAGCCUGUGCCAAGCGUCCACCAAGUGAAUAGAUACCCAAGCACAACGCCCAACCCAAUAAGCAACGGAUACUACACGAAACAAGACGAAAGUUACUUCGAUGAUAUAACAAAAAAUUCUUUCGAUAUCUUCGGACAGAAGGUAGAAGACGGCACGCAUAAUGUCAACGGCUUAGCUGUGACGCCUCCGCUAGAAACUGUGAGAACGCCAGUAAACAACAACAUAAACUUACAAUACGCUUAUGAAAUAGUUCCGUCCCCGAGACCGACUAAUCCGCCUUCGUUGGACAGAGAUACGCUGGUAAAUUACCGCCUCCCAAGACCGCAGAUCAAUCUUAACAGUGAAUCUAUUCCGGGACAUCCAAGUGCGCAAUUAGUACACGAACCAAACCCGCCGUCUCUAUUAGACGAUACGCUAGUAAAUGACAGAUAUCCUCGGCCUACAAUUAACCCAGAUAGUGAAUUCAUCCCCAUACCGAACCCUAAUUACCGGAAAGCGGCUCAAUAUGGUAUUGAGUUGGACGAUUUGAAUGCAACUCCCCCCACGUUGGAAGGCGAUACAGACGUGAAUUACAAAAACCCCACGCCCGUGGUCAACCCGGACGCGGAGUGGGUACAGCCGGUGAACACUGGUGGAAGACGACAAGGUGCUUUCGUGUCGUACAGGCUGCCAGGGGAAGGCGCACAUGUAUAUUUCCUGACACCGCAGGCAUCACAAGCCGUGCGGGAGAGACACAGAUCUGCCGGCUAUAGACGGUGA